GUAUGGAAAGUCGUGACAUUGAAACAAAUGUUGAAAGCGUUUGCGACUGCUUUUAUUCGUAGGUGUAACUUGUGUGUGAUGGGAAAUACUGGAAAACCCGAAACGUUUGGCCAGGAUAUGUGCGGUGUUUGUGGAGGUGACAACUCGUCCUGUCUUGACUGCGCUGGUACCCCCAAAGGAAAGAAAAAAUGGGAUAGGUGUGGUAAUUGUUAUGAUCCAACAGACGCAAAGUACAAUGCAGAGUGUACUAAACUGUGGGCUCAACCUAUUAGUGGGGACUUCAAUGAUUCUAACGUAGUAACAUUUCGAGCAGCAGGACUUCAAAAGUUCAAAAGGGUAUCAUCUUUCCAAAUGGUGUCCACUUUCUUAACAACGUAUACCAUGACAGAUGUUCAAUUUGUUAAUAACAAAGAGAUAUCAGCCAAAGUGCCAAAGUUAACUCCAGUUGGUUUAUACAGCUUCAGAGUACAGUUUGACAAUGUGGACACUUAUUAUCACACCGAAAACAAUUUCACAUUGUAUAACAGAAGUGAAAUCAUAUAUCAUUCGCUGACGCCUGAAGAGCACGAGGCAGACUCAGGAGCAUUUAAUGUUACUAUCACAGGCGAGAACUUUCCUGACACUGGCUACACUAAAUGUAUCACCGACGUGGGUUUGAUAUUUCCUGCUAUUUACGUCAACUCUACGUCAAUCACAUGUGUUAUUUGGGAUAUAAAACGAUCUGYGAGGUUCAAGCUCUCUCCUCAGUUUGGAGCCUCUGAUACUGAUAUCAUUCUCUCGGCAUCAUUUUUCCGUGUSUUUGUUUGGUCUCCGUACCCAUUACGAGCGAACCUCUCGCAGAGUCUUCAGUCAAUCAKGCUACAAAUGAACCAACCAGCUGAAUACGACAGCAAGUUAUGCAAAGGACUUUUCACGGACGUUUCUGCAUUUGGAUCUCAUUGUGUAUGUACAUUUAGUACGCCAACACUCUUGGAGAUUUCUUUGCUUGGAGAUCCAACGAUAGCUCCCGGUGAUCAGAUUCACUUCAAGGAUGGUACUCUUAAGCGUAAGUUUGAGAAAUACACAAAGGUCAUGGCUCCAAAUAACCGUACAUUGGUCUUAGGUGGUCCUCCUAAAGGUGUUCGUUCAGUCGCUCAACUAUCAGGUCCUAAUACAGUAGGUGCAUGCGCACAAGUCCAACUUGAUGCGUCUCGCUCCUUUGGUGGCGGAGGACGAAAAUUAAAGUUUUUCUGGUAUGUUGUAUGGGCUUCGGACCAAAACACGACMGAUUUGACAGCCAAUGCAACUGCAGACAUUAAAGCCAUCAAUGACAAACUGAAGUCUCUACCAAGUUUCACCCGAAGAAUCACCUUAACAAAGGAGAACAUUAUUCUUAACUUUAAGUAUGAAUUUCGUGUUUACGUAUCCAACUUUUUGGGGACAAAAAGCGAAAAUGCAACCCUUGUGGUGGUCAGAGARAAUAAGGAAAUUCCUAUUGUAGAACUAGGAGAGACUCGACGACAGGUGAAGGCGUCACGUGACCUCAUGAUCCAAGCAAAACCCAAACUCUCUCCAUGUGUGAACACGGACGCUGCUACCAUCCUUACAUUUAACUGGGAGAUUCCUGGAGUAGAUMUUGGCAUUUCAAAUAGACCAGUACUUAUAAUCAAGUCGGGAUUACUCCAAGGAGGAAAGGAAUACCGUCUUACUUUAGUAGCAUCAAUGGCAACCGACCCGAGUUUGUACUAUACACAGACAAUCACCCUGAUAGUAGAAAGUAGUCCUCUUCUUGCUCGCAUUGAUGGCGGUCUAUAUCGAGUAAUAGGUGCAGAACAGAUUCUGACGCUUAAUGCAAGACCGUCCAGAGAUCCUGAUCGAUCAUCAGAGCCAGAACGCUUUACUUGGGCUGCUACAGAUUCUGAGGGAAAAUCAGUGUUUUAUCGUGACUCCUCGAAUAAAAAGACUAGACUCCAGAUGCCAAGUUCAGCAAAAAUUAGCAUUGAUGUGGAAAAAACGCUUAAGUCUAAUAGCAUAUAUACUUUCAARGUGACGUAUCACAAGGGCCAGAGACAAGCAUCCAAAGAAGUAAAGGUUAAGGUUUUGCCGGGUACCCCACCGUCUGCACUUAUAACUGAACAGGAAGAAACCGAGCAAAAUCCAAACAAAAUCUUAAUCAUUGAAGCCUUUGCCGAGAGCAAAAAUCCUUUCAGUGUGCACUGGGACGUUGUAGAAGACAACGAGUGUGGCUACAUUGAUCUGCGCAAAGAUGGAGUUGCUUUGACUAGAACUGACUURCAKUUUAACAAGGGAGGAGAGAAAACCUUCGCUCUAGUGUUGUCAAAAAAUAGUCUUGAAAGUGGAGUUUGCUAUAGGUUUAGGCUUAAUGUUUCUAAUGCUGAUUCUAAUGCAACCAGUGAGACKGUCAUUUACACCAACGCACCACCUUCACAAGGCACUUUUGUGAUCAAUCCUUCUAAUGGAACUGCCAUGGAAAAUUUCUUUUUCCUGGAUGCUGAAUCGGGCUGGUCCGAUAAUGAAGAUCACCUUCCUCUGGUCUAUCGCUUUGGCUACUAUACAAAAGAUCAAGAAGAAAUUCCCUUGAACUUUUUCGAUGAGUCUACCUCUAUUUCUGGCUUACUUUUACCACAAGGCGAUGCAGCACAAGAUUAUUCCUUGAACCUCUUUGUAGAAGUGAAGGAUAAAUUGGGUGCAGUUACUCGCCAAACCACUACUGUUCAAGUUAAACCUCCAGUGAUCACUGAAGAUUUCCURGAAAAGUCUGAGACURAUGCCUUGAAAAUACUAGACGAAGGAAACUAUGGCAAAGGCAUUGCUCAAAUUGGAAGCUUAUUGGUUACUAUCGACAGUAACAACAUUGAUUCCACUAAGUCUAAAAAGGCUUUGGCCAUGAAAGAAAAGUUUGGAARCAAACUGGCUGAUCUUAUCAAAACGAGUGGACUUGCCGAAGACUCUAAAUCGAAAAGUGACUGCUAUCAGAUUCUUCUUACAACAACUAAAGGCGGAACAGAGUUUAGUGCCGAGACGAAAAUCACCAUCUUCGAUACGAUAUUUUYGAUAGAAAUAGGGACAAAGGCGCCGACAAGACGYCGAAGACGUGCGACUUCAAGUUCCUCGUCCAUCGAAGUGUACAGUGUUGCUCAGGCUAAAACUACACUGUCAUUACAAAGCAAUCUAAUCGAUCCAAAUCUUUACGAUUCAACAAGCAUGAAGUUCAAAUCUCAAUUCCUAGCUGUCGUGGAUUCCACUGGGAAGAAAGUMUGCGCUGGUUUAGCAGUCGGMAUGCCUGCAUCGGUUGUCAGCGACAAACUGAUAGCGCUGCGAAGUGAAAAGAACUCAUUUGAAAAUGUUGGUGAAUCUUUUACUGAAAUGGUUUGUGAUAAUUGCAACACCAACYUAAACAAGACAGCUAAGGUAAAACUUGGUGCGGAACUGCAAAGUAAGUACGCUUCCUGGAAUUGCUCUGGYAGUAAACUGUGCGCUGGUGCGUGCCUGGUUACUUCKCAGCAGGUUUACAACUUAUUGGAUACUAGUCCACCUAAGGAUAGUUURACAAGCGUUGUUGAUGUGAAGUUGUACAACCCUUCUACAUAUACAACCAUUGAUGUUAGUGGACUCGCAACUCCRUUAACCUAUCAUCUACCAGUGUUGAAYGUUACAAUCAACAAACCGUUCUUUCAGUGCAAGAGAUGGGACACUAGCAGCUCCUCUUGGACAUCAACGGGAUGUGUGACCACACCCUCGUACAUAGUAAAUAAUGGUACAAAAUAUGUCCAAUGCAACUGCACAGAGCUUGGUUAUACAGCAGCAUUCCAAAGCAAUACUACCCCACCGACAACCACACCGACAACCGUACCAAUUACUCCAACAACAACCGCUUCUACCGUGAAAAAACGUAGAGUAAGACUUGUGUUGAAGGCAGACUAUGACAAAUAUGUUACUCCUGAAAAAAAGGAACAAUUUAUCAAAGAUGUCAAGCAAUCUCUKKCCAAAACGAUGAAWAUCAAUGAAUCACGCAUCACUAACAUGACGAUUACCAAAGGAAGCAUAGUUGUAACGUUUGUUUUAAUACCAGAUAUACAUGACACAGAAGCAAGCCUCAAUUCCACUGUGCUGCUUUUAGGAAACGCUGUUAAAUCUGAUAAUUUCAGAGUGGAACUGUCUGACGGGACGUCAUUGAUGGCUGACCCAAACUCGUUUACCUUUACUGUCGGUGAUGAAAUACCCACAGCACCUACAACAGCUAAGCCGGCGCCAACAGACGCGUCUACAGGGCUAACUCAAGGGCAAAUCAUAGCCAUCGCUUGUGCCUGUUCAGCGGUAGUGUUAGUUGUGGUAAUCAUUAUUGUUGUAAUUUGUUGGAAGAAAAGUCGCCCAAGGAAAGUAAAUUCCGAGGUUUCCCUGAGUCGACAACAUUUGACAAAUGAUGUCGAAAUGAGAGAACAUGGACAUGACAACCCUGAACAACAACAAGUAUCAGAGGCUUAAUUUAUAACUUUUUCAGUAACCAAACAAGUUUUACUCGCGUAUCGACCAUUCGUUAAGUCUAUUCCAUCGCGAUAUUGACUCUUAUUUUCCCAGUCACUUUUUCAAAGGCGCGUAAUGCUUCAAGGAAAGCGUUACUUUCACGAAAUGUAACUUUAUAUAACCUCUCCUUCCCUCAACUAGAAUAAAGGAGGAAUGCCUCCAAUUAUCCCUUUCGAGCCUAGCGCAAAACGAUAAGCCUCGACCGGGUAUACUAGUGCGCUUUCCAUUUGUCAGAACUGGCUGGCCAGACCCAGAGAAAAUGUCAUUAUAUAUCAUUCCCAUUUAGUUAGGAAAUUCAAAUUUUCAAAUUCUAUCCAUUAUUCUACAGAAAACCUCGAAAUGACUGAAAAAUGUUGACAGCAUUAUAUACUGGCCGGCCAGUUCUGCCUAAAUGGAAAACACCCCUAGUGCGGUUGCGAUAUGAAAUGAAAAUAGCUGAAAACGAGGCUCUGGGAAACUAUGGAUAAUCCUUUUGUUCACCCCUGAACCUCGUCUUCGUGUCCGUCUACCGUUGUAAUAACUUUAUUCAUUUAUCUAUUCCAUUUUUCGAUACGACCAUUAUGCCCUCGUUGAUCGAGGAUUAUCGGUCGGGAGAUAACGCCCUAGUUUAGUCAUCCGAAUUAUCUAUAUCGAUAAAGCACUCGCUAUAUGAUAGACACUGAUAAACUAAAUUGAUGACUUAUACUCACAUACCAACCGGACACUUAAUUAUUAUCUGACCAGGUCUUAUCAUAAUUUAGUAUUUAUAAUUUAGUGUUUAUAUUGACCGUGACCUUUACAUAUAUGAAUCUUACUUGGUUGUCAAAUAAAUAUUUCAUAAACAUU